GCCCACCGACAAGCCGAGCUCCAGGCAGAUAUAUGUCUUCGGGUAGUCAACGACAAAUCUUGCGACACGAGUCACAUUUGUGACCUUUCGAGCACGUGAACUUUAUCUGCCAAAAACACGACCAGAGAGUUCUCAAUUGGUUAGGACAAAGCCCCUAGUCACAACACCAUGGACAAUGUCAAGGUUCGCGCACAGCUGCCAACGGUUCCCUACCCUCUGGUGUCGGAAGGCCGCAGCGAGAUUCGCACGGAACGCCUAAUACUACGACCAUUCACGCAAGAUGUUCUGGAGGAUAUGCAUUCGCUACGCAUACAGCCCGAGGUCAUGGUCUUCACCCGCCGAGGCGUGCCGGACAAAGAUCUCGCCGAGACACAAGAGCGCAUCAAUCCGGUCUUGCCGCCCAACGAUGCAACAACGCACCAUUGGGCGGUCUACGAGGCAGCCACGGGUGAAAUGGUGGGCUGUGGUGGUUUCUGGGCGUUCAGCAGUCUGAUGGGGUGGCCCGAGGUCGGAUACAUGUUCAAGAAGGAGCACUGGGGGCAAGGCUAUGCGACAGAGUUCCUACAAGCCUGGCUGACAUCGUGGUGGGAGCUGCCACGAUCAGAAGUUGAGCUGGAAGUGCCGAUCAGCACGGUGGACGACGUGCCGGCUGGCGCCGACGGCACGAGGAUGGUGGGUGCGGACCGCGUGGUUGCCAUGAUCGAGGCACACAACGUGCCGAGCCAACGCGUCUUGGAGAAGUGCGGUUUCCGCAAGACGGGCGAGUUCAACGAGCCAGACGUCAGGCCAGGCAAGGAAGGCGCCGAGGUGGCGCUCGUCGGGUUCGUGGCCACUCGGCCAACGAGGAAUGUCUGACCUGAGGCUGGUCAAGUGCUCGGGGCCAGGGUGGACGCAGGCAUGAGUAAGCGUUUUGGGUUGGGUGCUUUCUGAGUAACGCUGGAGUGUCGAGUCGCAAAACCCCAUUACAGUAUCUUGCUGAGCGCUGGACGAAUGAGGGCAGGGGUGGCCGGCGAUGGCUGGGCCGCUGAGCGGACUCGGGGAUGCGGGCUAUUUGUGGGCUGGCACGGUCCCGGCCGAGGCAGUCAUUGUUCUGUCCAGCCAGCCCGAAUGGGGAUGUUGUUUUGUUGACGCG